AUGUCAGCCCAAAAGAAUUCCUUAUUGUUAAUACACCCUGCAAUCACUACGAUGCCGGCACUGCUGGAAAAGACCAAACAGAAUCCGAUAUUUCAAAAUUCUGCUUUAAUAGAUCAGUACCUGAUAAACAAGUUGAAUGACUCAAAAAUUACUCUAGAGGAUGAAAAAUACGAUAUCAUCUAUUAUCUAACGCCAGAGAGCUUAACAGAGCUUCAUUUCCCAGCUAAAUUGAUACCUGUUCUACGCCGCGCUUUAAAGAACAAAGGUAAGUUGUACGGCUUGUGCAACAACUAUAAAAUCGAGGCUUUAGUCAACGGUUUUGAAAUAGUCGAACACGAAGAUCCUAAAAGUUACCAUUGGUUUAAGAAACCACAGACUCAUUCUACCCCCGUAUCUCUUCACAUCCGCGAGUCGUCUCCGGUGAAUGCUGCUCAGCAGCAGCAACAGAAACAGAAAAAAGAACAAGCACAAGCACUACCCCGCUUCAUAAAGCAGAAGAUAGCGAUAUCCAUAGACGAGGCCAAUCGGGAUUACGAUGAACUUCUCGACAACGCCACCCAAAUCAAUGUUGAUCCUACUAAACUAUCUUUUUUUGAAACUACUAAAAUCACUAACGACGACUUUCUCGCAGAAGAUGAGCUUGUCGCUGAGGACGAUUUCAAUGAUGACGCCAUAACCAUGUUGACCUGCACCAAGUCCCAGACUAAAAGACGCAAGGCCUGUAAAGAUUGCACGUGUGGUCUCAAGGACCAAGAGCAGGAGUACAUCGACACCGUCUCCAGACGGCAGGACGGAAUCAUCGGCGUUCCCGUCUCGUUCACCGAAGAAGAACUUACUGAAAUUGAUUUCACCAUUGAAGGUAAAAAGGUCGGCGGUUGCGGUUCCUGCUCCCUUGGUGAUGCUUUCCGUUGUUCUGGAUGCCCAUACCUAGGCCUGCCUGCCUUCAAACCCGGCCAACCCAUUAAACUUAACAGUAUAUCCGACGAUCUUUAA